CCCCAAAAGAGGAAAGCUCCAUAUGAAGGAUUACAAGGUGUUUCUGUGCCGUACCUAGAGGACAGCUGCUCUUCCAUGCUACCUCCAUCUUUUUUUUUCCCUAAUGGAGCGGAUCCUGACUUAAUUUUAAAGCCUUUUUUGUACAGACAUCAUAUUUUCUGAACUUUAAAUGCCUGCCUGCCUCCUGACAUUGUAAAGGGGAAGUGUACACUCUGAAAACCUAGUUAUGCCAGAGAGAAAAUUUUAACUGUACUCUCCAGAUUCCAGUGCCAUCAUUUUCACUGCAGCAGUGGAGAUUAAACAGAUAUCAGACAGAAGUAUUUCCUCUCAGCAAGGGAAGGUGCCUGCAGCUUGUACAGCUCUGACCACUCAAGAAAUCCUGCCAUAAAUGAACAAUUCAUCAUGUCUUCAGCCAUCGCCAGCUACCACCGUAUUUCUCCCCAUCCUCUACUCCUGCCUGUUUCCCGCUGGAAUCUUUGGCAAUAUUCUGAUUCUGAGUGCCUGGAUAUUUUCACAGAAAACGCCCACCCGAAGGACACAGUACAUUUACCUGGCCAACCUGGUGACUGCAAAUCUGCUGGUUUGCAGCACCAUGCCCUUCCUGGCCGCCUACUUUGCGGAGGGGCACCGCUGGCCCUACGAGUCGGCGGCGUGCAGGCUCGCCCAUCACCUGGGGACGCUGGUGAUGCACGUCAGCAUGUACGUGACCAUCACCAUCCUGUGCUCCAUUGCCCUCAGCCAGUAUGCCACGCUGAAGAAGAACUGUGGCCCACAACACUCCCCAGCUCUGCCAGGAACCUUCCAAGGGCGCCUGCUGCAUCAGUUCCGGCGGCCCAAGUUCGCUAAAUGUUUUUGCGUGGUUAUCUGGCUGAUUGUGCUCUGCAUUACAGUCACAGCCAUCAGCUACAACGCCCCGGAGAGGGUUUCAGGAGAGUUCCCCACCUGCUACAACAUCAGGGUAGAAGCUGGUGAACGUCCUGCAAUGAUUGCAGCUUAUAUUGCCACUGUGUGCUUUUUUCUGUCUUUUAUGACUGUUUUGUGGUCGUACUAUUCUCUGACUAGACAUCUGAACAGAAUACAAAGAAACACCUGUAUUGGAGAAAAACACCUCAUUUACAGAACAGUGAGAAGAAACAUUCUUGUCAUCCAGAUGAUAUUAACUGUCUGUUUUCUUCCAUACCAUAUUUUUAGGCCAAUUUUCUAUGUACUGCUUACAGAUGAUGACUGUCCAAGGUUAAACUAUCUAGUGGAAAUUAAAAAUGUCCUUACUUGUCUUGCUGCUACUAAAAGCAGUUUGGAUCCAGUUAUAACCCUUCUGUUAGAUAAAACAUUUAAGAAAAGUUUUUAUGGCCUGUUUACAAAAUGCACAUCAGAACAUCAAGAACAUAAUGAUGACAUUUGUCACUGAAAUGGGAAGAAAUAUGGAAAGAUUUUCAUAGACUGUAAAUAAUAAUAAACUGAUUUUAACUACCUUUAGGCAGGCUUUGAUAUAAAAUGGCAAAUAUUUAAAU